AUGGAGCGGGAUGCAGCUGCCGCGAAGAGCGCCGCCGAGGCCCUCGGCCCCCAGGGCCCGGGAGCUGGAGCGCCCGAGGGCUCUAGUACAAUGGAGGCCGAAGGCGGAAAGUCUGAGGUUAUUGUGGCUGUUGUGACAGAGCCUCAGUUUACACAGCAUUGCAGGGAAUAUCUUGAGAAGCACCAGCUCCUGGAUAGGCGUCACCGUGUGAAGCAGCUGCCUGAUGGUACCAUGGCGCUACCUGUUCUGGGAGAGACCCUCAGUGAGCAGCACCUACAGGCACUGAAGCAGCGAGGGGCCCCUGACGGCACCUGCAGGCUGGCACAGAUCCUGAAUCCUGUCCCCUCCAAGAAAGCUCAGAACUGUUCUCCUGCCCAGAAGCUACGUCAAGAACUGCAGUGUCUGGUGGAAGGCCAAGGGCACACAUGGUCAGCUGAGCUAGAGAAAGAUCUUCCCCGCUCCUGGCAACGGCACGGUGACCUCCUUCUCCUCAAUGAAGAUAGCUUCAGAGCUGCCCAUUGGAAAAAACUGGAACCAGGACUCUGGAAGACUGUUGCCUCUGCACUGGGAGGCCAGCGUUUGGCAAAGCGAGGGCGUGUGUCACCAGGUGGGACGCGAGCUCCCAAAGUAAUCCUGCUGCUGGGUGCCCAUGGCUGGGUGGAGCAUGUGGAUAAUGGUAUCAGGUACACGUUUGAUGUGACCCAAAGCAUGUUCUCCUUUGGAAACAUCACUGAGAAGCUGCGGGUAGCAUCAAUGGCCUGUGCUGGAGAAGUGCUGGUGGAUCUCUAUGCAGGGAUUGGUUACUUCACCUUGCCAUUCCUGAUUCAUGCAAAUGCUGCUUUCGUCCAUGCCUGUGAGUGGGAUCCUCAUGCUGCGGCAGCCUUGAGAAAGAACCUGGAGCUCAAUGGCGUUGUGGAUCGGUGCUGUAUCCACCUCGGUGACAACAGGAAGCUGAAGUUAUGGAGCAUUGCUGACAGGGUGAACUUGGGGCUUAUCCCCAGCUCUGAGGAGGGCUGGCCCACUGCCUGCCGGGUGCUGCGCCAGGACACAGGGGGCAUCUUGCAUAUCCACCACAAUGUGGAGUCCUUCCCAGGGAAGGAGCUUCAGCUCCCCAGCAGCAGUGAGGCAGGACAGAGAGAGCAGAGAGCUGCCAGAAAUCCAGGAAGGCAGACACCGGCAAAGAUCGCCAAACUAGAAUGGCAAAGGUGGGCUGAGGCUGUGGCUGCCCGCAUCGGAGCCUUGCUGCUGCAGCUGCACGGGAAACCAUGGGAGACCCAAAUCCUGCAUGUUCAGCUGGUGAAAUCUUAUGCUCCUCAUGUGGAUCACGUGGUCUUGGAUCUGGACUGUCGGCCCCUCUCCUGCCCGGGUGAGGGUGUUGGUAAAGCUGAGAGGAGCUGUGGCCAGGGGCCCAAGGUCUGAGGCCUGGGGUCCAGAUGGCUGGGAGUUCUGAAGUCAGCAGCUUCCUUCCACUUCUCGCUCUCUUGGCCCUUAGAAAUGAAUCUUUUACACUUUUAUAAGGAAUUUUUAGGGUGACUGGUUAUUAGAAUAUCUCUUCCAAGGGCUUGGUGUAAAUCUGAGACUGAGCACUGUAGUUGCUAAAGUCUUGUCUUCCUCUCUUCUCUUCCACUAAUUAUGAUGAAUUGUCUUAUUUAUAAACCUAGCAAAGGCAGAAUAGCUUGUUGAACUGAGUGCGAUCUGCAGAGCCCUGGGUUCUGCAGUUUGGCCUUAGCUCUGUCUGUGUGGCCGUAGACAAGCUGCUGCUCUCUUGGACUGUUGGCUUUGAGUCUCCUCAUCUCAGAGAUGGGGACCUCUCUGAACUACCUCAUGUAGCUUUUGUCUAUGGAGUGUGGGUUUUUAAUGAGUUUCUUAGAAUUGGAGAUGCAGUGCUGGCAGCCUUUUGGAGAGCUUUGGGGACAAAGCCCUUGGCAUUGCUUCUGGUUGCUGGCAUAUGGUGGGCUGGGAGGUGGGGUCGGUUUGGUGAAUAUGAGCCAGAGCACUCUUUGCCAGAGUGGACCAAAGCGAUGCCAGGUCUUGAGCGACCUUGUCAAUGCUUGUCCUUGGCCCUCAGUCCUGAUGUCUCGUAACUUUGACCUUCUGAAUAGCUUCUUAUUUUGGCUGACCGGGGUGUAAGAGUGCUGCUAGAAACUUGCUAAUUGUGCUUGGUUUCUCAAGAGUGAAUGUUGGGUUUUCAGGACAGGUUUGUGUUCUUAGGGCUUUUCGGCUGGACUCCCUGCUUUUAAGGGCCCAGGUUUGCUGUGUUCUCCCCUUGUGAUGCCCAAAGUGCUUUCCAGCCAGCGUGGGCCAGCUGGAUUUUUGAAGCAAUGCACUAUGAUCUCCCUUCUUCUCUGCUCAAGUCUCGGUAUCAGGACCUGCACCAAGAAAAGGGCUAGAAACAGAGUCAAGGUGCAGGGGUGGCGAGAAGUUAGGGAGUCCCCAGAGUUGUACUUGCUCACUCAUGGAGGCUCAUGGAAUUUCUAAGUCAGGGAAUUGAAGCUCCAUUUUGUUCAAGGUGCCAUUCCUACCCCUCUUAGUGAUCUCUUACCCACCAUUCCUGCAGUCCCUGCCAAGAGAGAAGAGGGGAGCAGUUUGGGAACGUUGAGCAGCUAGCUGCCCAUCGUACCAAUUGCUCCCUCUCUCUAAGAGGACCUUGUACUCUCCCACCUGCUUAGGCUGUUGUUGGCUCUAGGCAGAGAUCCUUGUUCAUGAUCUCAAAUGAUCGUGGCAGGCCAUGGGCAAAAGAAGGUUUUUUUGUUAUCGAAACACUCUACACAGCCUCCUUUUGAGGAACAGACCAUGCCCCUGGUUACUUUUUUGUAAAUGUCCCACAAGAGGCUCCAGCUCUUUCACCUUUUCUCUUCAUCCAGGCGCUUUGAAGGCCUCUGCUGGAUGGGUUUAAAGAGAACAAAGCGUCAGUGGCAAAGCCCUUUGUCUUUGUAUCGUAGCACUUUGUGCACAUAGUAGGUGCUUAAUAAAUGCUUAAUGACUGAAUGAAUUGGAUGUCCAGAGAGAUUUGAAUGCCCUGGCCACAGUAAGGGCUCAGGCCCAGGGCAGGAAGAACUGAGGUGGUGCUUAUUCAACAUCCUGGCUUACAUUAGAGAAGUAGUCAUAUUGAUUAAGGCAGUGUUUGGGGAAAAAUCGCCUCGAGCUUUUCUUCUGGGGACCUGGGACAGUCCAGUUGGCAGUGGCAGGCUUUCUUUCUGUCUUGAUUGAAAGUAAACAUUUUCAUGAGACCUGAAGCAUAGAAAGAUAGGAAAUAAAUAGGGUCUGAUGUACGUUCAGCCCCUGUAACCGCAAGUGCCUCAAUUAAUGUGUUGGUUUUAAAAAAAAAAAGAAAGAAAGAAAAAGUAUGAUUGAGAGUCAGUCCAGGAAAUGUUUUUUGGAUUCUUGUUUCUGUUAAUACAAAACCAGAUAUGGUGGAUGUGAAGAAACUUGGUUUUUGUUGUGGAAAAAGGGUCACUGUGGACCCUGGAGGCACACAGGCCCCUGCAUCAGAAGGCUCAGGCUCCAGCUCCGGGCCAUUCUGUCCCCCAAAAGACAUAUACCUCAGCCAACUGAAACUGGUAUUGUAGGGAAUGGGUUCGGUCAAAGGAAGGAGCAGGAGACUGGGGGCCACCUACCUAAUGGAGCACGAUGGAAAAGCUUUUAUUAGACACUUGCUAUGUAGUAGGCAUUGUGCUAUAAGCUCUGGGGAUGUAAACACAAGCAAGCAAGAUGGUAAUGGAGACACCGAGCUUGUAACAUAGGAAUCCAAGCAUGUGUGACCCUAGAAGCCACCUAGGAACUUGCUUUUCAUCACCUGCUAAGCCAGUAACCCUGCCUCCUGCUCAGCCCUGCUGAACCCAAGCAGUCGUGAGGACCUGGGUUCAAAUCCUAUCUUUGAUACUUCCUAGCUGUGUGACCCUGGGCAAGUUACUUCAUCUCUCCGCCUCACUUUCCUCAUCUGUAAAACAGGGAUAAUGCUUGUAGUAUUACAAGCAUUACAAGGGUCUGUAGUAUGGGUUGUCAAAAGGCCCAAUUAAGAUAAUGUCUGUAAAGUCCUUUGCAAACUUUAGAGCACUAGCAAAAUGUCCAUCGUUAUUCUUUCAUGAAAAUUCCAAGGGAGCAGUGCUUAUCGUUGCAUUUUCUUUCCAGUGAUGAAGGGGUGGAGAAGGCUUGACCUUCCUCAGAAUCCCCAUGAACCAAGACUAGCGCAUCAGUUCUACAAAAACAUAUUAGUCUUAAAGACAAAAUCGCAUCUUGGCCCCAAACAAGCUUCUUUGGAGAAAAAGAUGCCAACCUUUAGCGGUUUUCAUCCAAGGUGGACUAUUUCUCAGAGACCUUUUAAAGCUGGAUUAAAGCAGCAACAGCUACUGGAGCCGACAGGUGGUGUUGGCACCUAGCUGGGGCACGCCGAAAAGGAGGAGUGAGAACAGAAACAUGGGACGUGAGAGCCAGGAUGUCCAGGUCACAGUGCCGAGUAACAAACAGGCCCAGAACACAGCCAGAGUUAGAAGUCUGGCUCCCAAGCCAUUCAGUGGGGUUUGGUAACCAGAGGGCUCACCGUAAGUGUUGGCCAGGCUCACAGGGGUCACUUGGGGUCUUGUACUUAGCUUUGCUUUCCACACCGUCGGACCGUCCAUUGGGCCUACCAUACUCUUACGACUAGAACAGUUGAAGUUUGACCCCAUUGUCUCAGAGCCUGGGUCUGGUCAGCCCACCUGCUCCCAUGGUCUACAGGUGGGCUGGUAGGAUAGUGUCUUGUCCCAGGACCAUUUCUAUCUGAACCCCAUCAGAAAUGAGAAAGAUGAAGCAAUAAUAACACUUCCUUUUUAGGUUUGUGAUGUACUUGACAGACAUCUCAUUGAACCUUAUGACACCCUUGGAAGGAAGAGGCCCUUGUGAGCCUUAUUUUACCAUUUGGGAAAUACACAUUCAGAGAGGUGGCUUGCCCAGGGUCACACAGCUAGUAAGUGCCUGAGGCAGGAUUUGAACCCAGGUCUUUCAGAUUUUAGGUGUAGUGUUCUAGUCACGGCAUGCUGACUUUCUGUAACAUAGGGACUCCCAGUUUUUAGCUUCAACUUGAGCCAAAGACUUGCUUAGAAGCUUGGAUUUCUAACAGUCCUUUAUUGUCCCUUAUCCCUUUUUCUGACUGAUAUCACAGAGCUAGACAAAGGUCCUUUGGGAACAUUAUGGGGCAUCAAGAAUAGGGGGUUUACUGGAGAGAAAGUUUGCUCUGACUUGGCUUUUUAAUUAGCAUCUGUUUCUGCUCUGCCUCGAGCUAAUUGGGGUGGAUUCCUAGCCUCUCUUCUUUGGCUCGUUGCUGUUUGUAGCUGACUGGGCUUCUCCAUUGAAGGAGGAAAGCUUGUAGGCCAUGCCCUCAGCAAGGGCAUACCCACUGUCUCUGUUGUGACCAAGAGGGUCGGACAUUUGUCGUGUCCUUACUAUAUAUGCUGCAUUGUAGGAGAUACAUUGUAGAGCGUUAGCCCUCCAAUCUAGAAGCCCCAAAUCUGCUAGGGGAGCUGGGCCAUCUACAGUGCCUGGCAGUGUAGUUACUACUGCCAUAUAGCUUCUGUGUAAAUGGUAUGGGAAUUCCAAGGGAGAGCUCCCUCCUGGCAGAGUUCACGUCAGUGAAGGUUUUCGGGAGGAGGCAGCAUUUGAGGAGAAAGAAGGACAUUGGAGAUGGGCUU